AACGUCGAGUGGUUACGCAGCUCUCAUUGCUCCGCCCUCAACUGCUGCAGUUCCCUCUGAAACGGCACGGUAUACGCCUUCGUUUGGAGCAGUCUGCAAAAUAAAGUCACCGAAACACAGGUUUUCAAUCGCGAAGGCUGAGCUCAUAUCUGGAUUUUUAGCAGGGUUUGAGUAUGAUCUUCGAUAUGGGUUAAUAAUCCGAGCCCAACUGCAGGACAAGUCGUCUGGGCGCCGCUUCCUCAACAGCGCUGCAAUGUAUCAGAUGUUACGGACGUUUUUACUAACAAAUGCCCGGUGCUGGGAUGCCGACAGUGAGAGGUCAUACCAGGACCUCUUCGAGAGGCUGGAUACCAAUAAAGAUGGGAAGGUGGACGUCGCUGAAUUACGAGAGGGUCUCAAGGCAAUGGGCAUAUUCCGCCAGGGUGCUGCACAGAAAAUCGUGUCGUCGGGUGACCAAAACAAAGACGGCUGUCUCGACUUCAGCGAGUUCUCCAGAUACCUGAAGGAGCACGAGAAGAAGCUGCGGCUGACAUUCAAGAGUCUGGACAGAAACAACGACGGGCGCAUUGACGCCUCUGAGAUCCAGCAGUCCCUCGCAGAAUUGGGCAUCGACAUCGGCAGAGAGAAUGCACUGAAAAUACUACAGAGUAUGGACAUUGACGGGACCAUGAUGGUGGACUGGAAUGAGUGGAGAGAACACUUUCUGUUAUGUCCAGCCCAGAACCUGGAAGAGAUCAUACGCUACUGGAAACACUCCUCGAUGCUGGACAUUGGUGACAGUCUUGCCAUCCCAGAUGAAUUCACAGAGGACGAGAAGAGCUCAGGUGGCUGGUGGAAGCAGCUUGUCGCAGGUGCAGUGGCGGGGGCCGUUUCUCGCACCGGUACUGCCCCUCUGGACAGAAUGAAGGUCUUCAUGCAGGUUCAUUCUUCUAAGACCAACCGGAUAAGCCUGGUAGCCGGCUUCAAGCAGAUGAUCCGAGAGGGAGGUCUAACCUCGCUGUGGAGGGGCAAUGGGAUCAAUGUUUUAAAGAUCGCACCCGAGACGGCAAUCAAAUUCAUGGCAUAUGAACAAUAUAAGAAGUUGUUAUCAUCAGAAGGCAAGAAGAUCGAGACACACAAGAGGUUUUUGGCUGGCUCUCUGGCUGGGGCCACAGCACAGACAGCCAUCUACCCAAUGGAGGUAUUGAAAACCAGACUGACCCUUAGGAAAACUGGACAGUAUUCAGGAAUGUUUGACUGUGCCAAGAAGAUCCUGAGGAAAGAGGGUGUAAAGGCUUUCUACAAGGGCUAUAUUCCAAACAUAGUCGGCAUCAUUCCCUAUGCUGGGAUAGACCUCGCUGUUUAUGAGAGUCUGAAGAGCGCCUGGUUGUCGUACCAUACCAAAGACUCAGCUAACCCUGGAGUCCUGGUGUUAGUGGGCUGCGGGACCAUCUCUAGCACCUGUGGUCAGCUGGCCAGUUAUCCACUUGCACUUGUGCGCACACAGAUGCAGGCAAAAGCAUCUCUGGAUGCGUCAGACCAGCCCUCCAUGACCAGUCUGAUGAAGAAGAUUGUAGCCAAAGAUGGCUUCUUCGGACUCUACCGGGGCAUCCUGCCAAACUUCAUGAAAGUCAUUCCUGCUGUCAGCAUCAGCUAUGUGGUUUACGAAUACAUGAAGACUGGUUUAGGAAUCUCCAAAUGAUGCUGCGAAUGAAGCGAACGAAAAAGGAGCCUUUACUGACUUGAAAUAACUCCAGAGAAAACAGACAGACGUCAAAAGUUCACUGGAUGAAAAACUGUAUGUAUACCACUACGGAGUGUCUGUCAGUAGCUAAAGCAUUAAUCAGAUGUGAUGAGCAUGUUUUAUGUCCUCUUAUCUUUAAUUCUGAUUUUAUACACCAUCCCCUGUUUGACAAAAAUAUCUUACUGUACAUGAAUAGAUACAUAAAAAGUAGAAAAAGUAAUACUUAAUGGGUUGGUAAAGUCAUCCUCCCAUGAUUCUUUUUAAACUGUGAUCGAGCCAAAAUGGUAGCUCAGUGGGACAUACUGCUGUGCGUUUUGGUAACAAAAAAAAAUAUUUUCUCCAAAUAAAGCUGGAGCUUGUGCCAGUUUAAAUGCUUGAGUCCACACUGUUCAGAGCUAAUUUAACACUUUUCUUGUAAACCCCUGUGUGCUACAGCUCCAGUCGGCAGCUGUCACCUAUGAAUAACUGGUCCUGUAUAAUCAGCAACUUGUUAACACUGGAAUACUGUGAGCAUGAAGAGAGAUACAUAAAUCUUGUGCAAUGUGAAAACCACUAAUUCCACAUUCUGUGUGAUAUUUGAUAAUAAUUUACACGUGCCUUACAGCCACACGAUGUGAAUUUUCUGAGCAGCAUCAGCAGAUGUGUUGUUUUUUUUUACUAUACAUGCUGUAUGUAUUUACUCUCUCUCUCUCCAUAUAUAUAUAUAUAUAUAUUUUCAGUUAUAUUUAUGGGUUUGCUGAUGGUUACUACAUGGUCAUGGUGAUAACCAGUCAUUAGACUGAAAAUACUGGUUACCACAUUGAAACACCUCUACACCCAAAACACACACAUACACUCCAACAACAGGAUACUGUUUUAUUUAAUUUUUUUUCUCAUGUUGUUCUACAUAACCCAGUAAUGAGAAAUCCUUAUCUUCCAUGUAAAAUGACAAUCAGGCUUUUGUCUUAUUAUUUGUUACAUUAAUGUGAUUUUUAAGACAUUAAAACUGGCCUUGAUUUAAUGGUUGCCAACCUGAACAUGUGUAAACUUCGUGUAGAAGUUGGUCUUUGCUGGAAGGCUUACUUGAGAGUGAUGGUUUAGUGGUGAGGCUCAGCUCCACUCAUCGGUUUCAUUGUGGAAUGAGAUGUGAUAACAGCGCCACCUAGUGGUUAAUAAAGAGGAAACAUGGGCA